CUUUUUUUUUCAUUCUUCUUCUUCUCUCUUCUUAGAUCUUCCUACUCCAUUCCAUACUCCACACCGACAUUCCUCUGCAUUCCAUUCCUCAUGUCUUCUGGCCCUGAUCAGCCCCUCCGCGUCCACACUUCUCCCACCAAGGAAGCGAACGACCAUCUCGAGCCUCCGAACGAUGAGCAGCACGAGGACGAAGCGGCUUCGCUCGAGGUAGAAUCCUCUUGGCAGGACCAGCCCGUGCGUCUCCCAGCCUACACCCCAUCCUCGGCCGCGAGCGAAGCCCAACGGGACUCACCCCCAACGACGCCUGUGGACGAUCCCAUCCACCUGUCUGGAUCAAAGAAACACUUUGGAUUCUCGUCUCGUCAGUCGAUCGCGUCGUCGAUUUUCCCAUGGCAGAAGCAUAAGCCAGCCGUCUGUCAUCAGUAUGCACCGCACCGUCCACCCUUGAGCAAGAGGUCGAGUCUUGCGGGGCUCAAGGUCUUGCCUAUGUCACAUCCGGACCCAGUCAGGCACAUGGAUAAUGAAGAGCUGGAUAUCCUGACACUGAAGGGUGAUGAUUUGAAGAAGCGAGUGCUGAAACUGCUGCAUCUGAUGGAGGUCCAGGAUUGGGCCGAGGUGAAGGAUUUUCGCAAAUUGAAACUCGAGCGGAUCAGUGGAGCGAUGACCAACUGCAUCUUCCUCGUUACGGGACCACCGCCUUCAAAUUCAGCUGCAUCACACCCAUCAUUAUCAGUGGAGGAACAACAACGGCCAAAAUAUCGCAAGGUGCUUCUUCGUGUGUACGGCGUGGGUCUCGAGGCGAUGUUCUCGCGUAGCAAGGAACUUCAGUGGCUGCACAACCUGUCGACGAUGGACAUUGGUCCCUCACUUCUGGGGAUCUUCAAGAACGGACGGUUUGAGCAGUAUGUGGAGUCGACGACGUUGACGAAGGAGGAUAUCCGAGACCCGAGGACAUCGAGACAUAUUGCGCAUCGGAUGUGUGAGCUGCAUAACAUCGUGAAUAUUUUCCCGCCCCCCAAGGGGACGGUCCCGCAGUCACAGGAGAACAUUGCAAAGUGGAUCCCGUUGGCGAGAGAGGCGAUUGAGAAGAUUAGUAGGAAGGAUCCGACAAAGAAGGAGGAACUGAAGGCUUUGGAUUUUGAGAAGCUGUUGGUUGAGAUUGGAGAGGUACACAAGGAUCUGGCGACGGUGCAUUCGCCCGUGGUCUUUGCUCAUAACGAUACGCAAUAUGGUAACAUUCUUCGUUCACUUGACGAAUCCGGAGAAUUGGUCGUGAUCGAUUUUGAGUAUGCGGGUUACAACACUCGAGGAUUUGAUAUCGGAAACCAUUUCUGUGAGUGGACGGCCGAUUACCACUCUGAGCGGCCUUCGCUGAUGCACCCAGAUCGAUACCCGACCAAGGCUGAGCAGCUGAAUUUCCUGGAGGCCUAUAUGGAGGCGGAAAUUGCGAUGUGUGGGUACCAUCUGACGGCCAUCAAUUUGACAAAGUACUCCAAGAAGCGUAAAUCGCUCACGGAGACGUUCACAAAGGGACUCGCGAGCGCUGCGCUCCAGGCUGUGAAUGCCGCACAAUCCUUAAGGAAGUCGCACCCUGAGUAUCAGCAGACGAUGACAGAGUUCCACAAGGAUGAAUUGGCGGCGGCGCAAGCAGUGGCCAAUGAUGAAGAAGCGGCAAAGGAUCGAGCACAGGGCAAGGGAAACAGUGCAAUCGAGAACGCGAAUGCAGUGCCGAGAAGGAGACGGGAGGCUGGAGACGGUGGUGGAGGAGUGACCAAGACGGAGAUCUUGGAUAGCAUGUAUAAGGAGGUGAACAAGUUUGCAUUGACGUCUCACAUUAUGUGGGGCCUCUGGGGCCUGAUUCAGGCGACGCAGAGCGAGAUCGAGUUUGAUUAUGUGGAGUAUGCGAUGCAGCGCUUUUCGGAGUUCAGGCGCCGUCGGGAUGAAUUCAUGAACUUGUAGCUCAGUCUUCAGUAUCACGAUCAUGUCUAUUGUAUGUAAUAAACAUUAUGUUUUAUA